AAACAUCAUAAACCACGCUCCUCUCUUCUAUUUUCUCCAGCUUUCGAAAUCAGGCGCCAAACUUUGCCAGUUCUCCCGCCCCUUCACGACCAAAUCCUCCCUCUCUUUAUUUUCCAUCUCUCUUCCUCCCACCCAUACUCCCUCUCUUUCAUUUCAAUCAUUUGUCAUAUCUUCAUUUUCUCUCUCUCUCUUUCCCUGUCUACGCUGCCAGACAGCCAUGCACCAGCCACAGUCUCACAUUUCUUCAUCAGCCUCCGCCGCCACUGCUGCCGCUGCAGCAGCUGCGGCAUUUGACUUCAAACCACCCAAACGUCGAGGCAGUUACAACUGUGGCAGAUGUGGACUUCCCAAGAAAGGCCAUGUUUGCCAAGUUAUCGGCACCGGCAGCAGCCCUACUUCAAUUUCCACCCCAACAUCAGCUCCAGCCACCGCAACUGCCACCACCGCCACCGAUGCUUCCUCAUCGGCAGCCCGUCCUCCUCGUCCUCCACCCCUACGUCAGCCCUACUCCCGCCUCCGACGUGCACUUUCCUUUGACGACAUCGAUAUCCACUGCGACUCGCCGGAAAAUGAUUUAGAUGGAUAUGAUUCUUCCUUCCCGGGUACAGAUCUGGAUCCGGAUAAUGAGAUAGUCUCCGGUGGAUUACCCGCGGGGUGUCUGUGGGAGGUCUUGAGGAGAUUGCCUCCUGCGGGGCUGUUGGAGGCGGCGAAGGUGUGUAAAGGGUGGAGGGAAACGACGAAGAGACUAUGGAGGGCGGCGGAGGAGCUGAGACUUAUGGUCCCACCUAGGGCUCACCUCAGGUUCAUCGGAUCAGUUUUGCAAAAAUGCCCGAGUCUUGUUAGACUUUCUCUCAAGAUGGAAAGCGAUGUGGACUCAACAAUGCUGGCCUGCAUUGCGUUUUCUUGCCCUAAUUUGGAGUCUAUGGAGAUUUCGAAAUCGGAUACAGCUGUCAAUCGGAUCACAGGAGAUGAAUUGGGUCGUUUUGUUGCUGAUAAGCGCUGUCUAAUGAGCCUUAAGAUGGAAGGAUGUUCUAAUUUAGGGGUUUUUGUCCUCUCUUCAUCAAGUCUAUCUACUCUCUGGCUUUCUGAUCUUUAUUCCCUCUCUAAGACGGUUUUUAACUGUCCCAAUUUGAAAGAGAUAUCCUUGGGAUUUUCUCACCAAGAAAAUGACACUACUGAUCUUACUACCAUGGUUGAUGGUAUGGGAAGAAGUUGUCCAAGGUUGCAAAACAUACACAUUGCCUCAAUUCGGCUUUCACAUGCUGUUGUUCUUUCCCUUACAGCUGCUAACUUGAGGGGCUUGCGAAUGCUUUCGCUUGUUCUUGGCUCAGAAAUCACGGAUGCAUCUGUUGCUGCUAUUGCUUCAAGCUAUUCAAGAUUAGAAUUACUUGAUCUGAGUGGGUCUAGUAUCAGUGACAGUGGCAUCGGAAUGAUCUGCAAUGUGUUUCCAAACUCAUUGUCAAGACUCCUCCUUGCUCUUUGUCCUAACAUCACGUCAAGCGGAAUUCAGUUUGCCACAGCUCAACUACCUCUUCUUGAACUUAUGGAUUGUGGGAUGACCAUAUGUGAUCCUGAUUCCCAGAAUUCACCCAGUGAUGAAAGUGGCGACAAUGAACUUCCAAAUGCAUUCAACAGUAAACUGCAUCUUAUGUACCAGAAGCUUAUUAUCAAACACAGCCGAUUAAAAAAACUCAGCUUGUGGGGUUGUUCUGGCUUAGAUGCAUUAUGUUUAAACUGCCCGGAACUCAAUGACCUUAAUCUGAACUCCUGUAAAAACUUGCAUCCGGAGAGAUUGCUACUUCAAUGCCCAAGUUUACAAAAUGUGCAUGCAUCAGGAUGUCAGGAGUUGUUAAUUGGGGCCAUUAAAGGCCAGGUGAGUGAUAACUUGGCUUCUGUGGAAAACCAUUUUCCGUUUAAGCGUUUGGCUGAUGGCUCAAAGAGGGUUCGUGCACCAAAUUUUCUCAGUCAACAGUCAAGUGAGGAUGAUAAGAAACGAAGGAGGAUUGUGGGACGACCGUGUAACGUGGUUGUGAACUAAAAUCCCAUUUCUGUUUUACCUGUGCUUUGCCCUUUAAUAAUAUACAGGCAGCGCCGCACUGAAUUGCCUUAUCCUCGACAAAUCAUAUUUCUUUUGUUUUCGAAGUACUGAUUUUGUUGUAACAGAAACUCUCCAAGGCCUUGUUGGAUCAAUUUUUCAUCUUUCAAUAAAAGUUCAUAAUUUUAUCAAAGGUCUUUUGUCUUUUAUUUUAUAAUCAAAAGCAAAUCACAGGUCCGAUUAAGGAUUGAGUCCAAUGUUCAAGU